AUGGAUACCGCUCUAAAAACACUCUCUGUUCAUAUUAACCUCCAAGGUGCAAAAAUUGUUGCUGAAACAACUCCCGGAAAAACCCGAGAAAUAGCUCUACCUAAUCAUAAAGAACAAGUAUCACAUAUUGCAGUUGAUGUAGGCGGAUCAUUAGCCAAAGUGGUAUAUAUCACCAAAGAUAAUGAAGGAGGAAGCCGAUUUAACUUUACACGCUUUGAAACAAAGAAUAUUGAUGAGUGUAUUUCUUUUCUUUCGUUUUUAUGCCAAGAAUAUGAGAAUAGCAGGCAGGAAGGGCCUGCUAUGUGCGUUAUGGCAACAGGAGGAGGAGCAUUUAAGUAUUAUGAUCAAUUACGUAGUAGAUUAGGAGUGGAAAUUGUACGGGAAGAUGAAAUGGAAUGUCUUAUUGUUGGUCUGGAUUUUUUUAUUACAGAAAUUCCAGACGAAGUAUUUACAUAUUCUGAGAAUGAGCCGAUGAAAUUUUGUGAGCCAUUGCCAAAUAUUUAUCCAUAUCUUCUUUGUAAUAUUGGAAGUGGAGUGAGUAUGAUUAAAGUAUCUGGACCAGAGAAGUUUGAGCGUAUUGGGGGAUCAUCGUUAGGUGGUGGUACAUUAUGGGGGUUGAUGUCUAUAUUGACCAAUGCAAAGACAUUUGAUGAAAUGCUAGAGAUGUCUAAAUCUGGGGACAAUACUGCUGUAGAUAUGUUAGUUGGUGAUAUUUAUGGUACGAAUUAUGAAAAGAUGUGUUUAAAAUCAACAACUAUUGCAAGUACAUUUGGCAAGGUAUUUCAAAAGAAAUUAACUAAAAAAUACGAUACGAUUCAAGAUUUUCAAUCAUGUUUUUCUCCACAAGAUAUUGCUAAAAGUUUGUUGUACGCUAUUAGCAAUAAUAUUGGACAAAUAGCAUAUUUGCAAGCUCGAAUUCAUGAGCUUGAAACAAUUUAUUUUGGAGGAACAUAUAUAAGAGGGCAUCCUCUUACUAUGCAUACGCUUUCAUAUGCAAUACGUUUUUGGUCAGGAGGAACGAAAAAAGCUUAUUUUCUAAGACAUGAAGGAUAUUUAGGUGCUGUUGGUGCUUUUCUUAAGCAUCAACCUCGUAAUUGGGGAAGACGAAAAACUAGUCGGGUAAAUGGUAUGUUAUAG